AUGGUUGAUUUUGUGUGGAACAGCAUUCGUUUGCUGCCGAUGGGUCCAGUCCGUUUGGAAGCCCGCGACUUCCUGGGUCCGAUUCCAUCCGAUCUACACUCCCGCAGUGACCCACGUCUGCCGCUGGCUUGGCUGGUCUUCUUAGCCUGCGUCAUCUACCUUGUGGGCUGUUACAUUGAUUAUCGUCGUCUCGGUGUCAAUCUAAUUGCACUAAUCAUGCGUCAGAGCGAUCACAUAUAUGAAUUAUACAUAGUUCGCCGUCGACCAAGUAGCGUAACUACACCCUCAGCCAGCCAGUGA